AGACUGUGCUACUUGAAAAUCAUUUUAGUCCAGAAUGUGAUCCUUAAGUGUCUUAUUUUUAUUAAAUAAAAACUUAGAAUAACAUUCGUGAAGUGUUUUGUGCGAAAUAGUAAAUUAAAAGUGCUAAGUGUUUUUUGUAGGGAUCGUGAAGUGCCUUAAUACCUACACUAACGGGUCAUUUUCUGAUUUCUUCAAGAUUAAUCAAAGACACAUCGCUAAUGAUAACAGCCGCUAAGGAAGCUUUUAAUUAACUAAAUCUUAAAUCUAAAAGUAGACAUACCGCAAUUAUUGAUAUCAUCAACCGCUGUAAUUAUUGAAACCUUGUGCCUAAUCAUUAUAGAAGCAACUAUAUUUAUCGUGAUUAUCACAAGGAACUAUUUACCUAUGCCUUUAUCAGUGGCAAUCAGUUCUACAAACAAUGUGUUAAGAAUCAUUUGCCUUGAUUCCAAGUCGUAGACGCUGAUUUGUGGUGUAAAGCCGAUUAGGCGUAUCCAAUAAUACCCAGAUUAAUCAUAAUCACUUCCUUUCACAAUGGAUAAAGCGUCGAAUAACGUUGCGAAUCACGCAGAAGAGAAGAAGCUUGGUUGCUGGGCUAAGUUCAAAAGUCUGUUUGAUGAUAGAGGCUUCGAUCUAGAGUAUGAGUUCAACGAUACACGCUCCACCACUAUUUUGAACGAAAAUAGUGAAGUGGAUGGAAGUGUACGAGAUGGUAAAAGAAACGAAGUCUUAAAUUCCAUCAGUAACUCAAAGGCAGAGGACACAAUUUUGGACGGCGAGCUGUCGGGGGUGAUCAAUUUUUACGAGCAGUUCGCAACUUUAGCAGACGAGGUGAAAGAUGAGGACCUUUGGAGGAAGUCCUCGGGAUUCAAGAACCGUGUGUCCAUGAGGCCGAGUAUGCACCUGACUAAUAUCAUUGAGGAAACCACCAGUUUAGGAGACUCGGAAUUGUAUGAAACGGAAUUGAACAGGUCGCCGCCGCCCGCGCACAUCCCCUCUGCGCUCAUCUACGCGCCCUCGGAGCCCUUAGAGUUGCUAUGCGUAUUCCCGGAGCGCGCAUCGCGCGUGUGCGCAGCGGCGUGCGCGGCCGCGACGCGCGUCGGCGGCGAAGGGCGCGCGGUGCGUGGCGCGCGCGAGACGCUCGACGCGCUGCGACGCGAUGGCGACGCGCGACCGCCGCACGUCAUCGUGGUGGACGCGCGGCAACCGCAGUCGCUUGACGCUACGCUUCUAGCCAAAGCGAUUCGAGGAACAAAGAACACCCAGCACGUAAUUCUCAUAGCUGUCGUGAAGAAAAGCGCAUAUCUCAAAGACGACUUCGCGGUGCUACCCUACCUGGAUGCUGGGUUCAACAGGAUCAUGGUGGAGACAGUGGGUGCGACAGCAUGGUGCGCUGAGAUGCUGCAAGCACGCGCCUCGGCAACAGCUGCGCGGGCGCAGAUCGCCGCGGUGGCAGCCCUGGCCGCCGCCACCGACCGCUGUCGGGACCUGGUGGCCGUCACUGAUGACCAGCAGAGGAUACUGCUCACCAACAAAUCCUGGUGCCGGGUUCUGGGCUGGCGCGUAGAAGACGGACCCAGACCGUUAUCAGAGGCGGCGGGGGGCGAAGCCCUACGGCUGGCCACGAGCGGCGCCCGCGACUGGGAGGCACCCGUGACUCUCCGCCGCAGGGCUGCUCCUGACCCGAUCCUGCUGCCUUGCAGGGGUGCCACAGUAGCCAUGACCAGGACCAUCUCUCACGUAGUGCUGGUCUGCGAGCCGACCAACGUGACAGAAGGGGAACGCGCCCGCGGCUCCCUUCACUCCAUCCGCCGCGGUUCCUUAGACGUCCGCUCGGUCGCCUCCGACGGCCUCCGAAGAACAUCACUAGCGAAGCUUCAAGGACUGCCACUUGAAGCUCCUAUUACUAAGCCUAUCCUGAGCGCGCGGCGAGGCUCUCUGGACGUGCGGUCCAUAGCGUCCGACGACCUGCGCAGGACCUCCCUGGCCAAGCUCCAAGGACUGCCUCUAGAAGCACCCAUCACCAAGGUGAUAGCCCUCCUCUCAGCUGCCCAAGAGGGUGCUCCGCCCUCCACAGUGGCUUGCAUCGAGCGUGCUGUGGACAUGCUGCGAACAUCUGAGCUGUACUCCCCACAGAUGAGGGAUGACUCCAAACUAAGGGUAGAAGACCCAAUCGCCACAGACCUGAUUGGUGCACUGCUCUCGCAAGGGCCUACAAACGUGCUGUCGUCACGACGCAGCAGUAAUGACUCCACUGUUGUCAGAUCACAGACCAACAGGACUAACAUCAAACACAAAGCGUCAGGCCAACUGCGCGAGCUGCUAGACACAGCUCUAAGCUGGGACUUCGAGAUCUUCCGCCUCGAAGAACUAACCAGAGGCAGGCCGUUAGCUCACCUGGGCCUGGCGUUGAUGGGUGGCCGUUUUGACAUCUGCGCGACCCUCGAGUGUGAUGAGAGAACGCUACUGCAUUGGCUGACGGUGGUGGAGACGAACUAUCAUGCGGUUAAUACGUACCACAACUCGACACAUGCCGCCGAUGUUCUCCAGGCAGUAGCAUACUUCCUGGAGAAGGACCGUUUGAAGAGCGUCUUCGAGCCGCUGGAAGCAGCAGCUGCGUUGAUCUCAGCAGCGGCCCACGACAUCGACCACCCCGGCACAUCGUCCGCCUUCCUCUGCAACUCACGCCAUCCCCUGGCUGUUUUGUACAAUGACGUCAGCGUGCUUGAGUCGCACCAUGCAGCGCUCACCUUCAAGCUCACCCUCAACGACGACCGCGUGAACAUAUUCAAGAAUCUCGACCGCGACACGUACAAGACGAUGCGGCACAACGUCAUCGACAUGAUCCUGGCAACAGAAAUGACCAAGCACUACGAGCACCUCGCCAAGUUCGUCAACGUGUUCUACGCCAAGUCCAGCGGCAGCAAGGAGGAUAUGCACACGGACGAACCCCUGUCAUUAGAUACCACGGCUCUUUCAUUACCUGAGAACGUGAUUCUGGUGAAGAGGAUGAUGAUCAAGUGUGCCGACGUGUCCAACGCUUCCAGGCCACAGAAGUUCGCAUUUGAGUGGGCAAGGAGGAUCGCCGAAGAAUACUUCCUGCAGACGGACGAGGAGAAGGCCAAGGACCUGCCCGUGGUGAUGCCGAUGUUCGACCGCGCCACCUGCUCCAUACCCCGUUCGCAGAUCGGGUUCAUCGACUACAUCAUCAUUGAUAUGAUGGAGGCCUGGGCUGCGUUCAUCGACAUGCCGGAGCUGGUGAACCACGCGCGCGGCAACCACCAGCGCUGGCGCGAGUUGGAUGAAGCCGGCGUCACCACCAUCGCCGACGUACUGCGGGCCCAGAGGCAGCAUGCACUGCCUGCACCCACCACCGCACAACCUACGGCCGAGGAGUAAGGAGGUACCAGAUAUGGGCAGAGACUGAAGAUGUCACCACCACCGCUAACGUGGCAAGUUCUACUACUAUCGCUGAAAGAUAUCACCACCUCCGCUCACAUAUUUUAUAGGUCUGCUGACCAAAGCCUCAGUCCAUAGCUGUGGAGUAAGGAUGUACCAGAUAUGGGCAGAGAGAUGCAACCACCUGCGCUGGCGCGAGCUGGACGAGGCCGGCGUCACCACCAUCGCCGACGUACUGCGGGCCCAGAGGCAGCACGCACUGCCCGCGCCUACCACCGCACAACCUACG